AUGCUGUCUCGGGCGGACAUGGUUCACUACUUGGACGUGGGAGGUGGGUGGGAUGCAGUUGAGUGCGAGUGCUGCUUCGACCAAGUAGUCAGCCUGGGAGCAGAGCGUGCUCUCUCCAUGCGGAGCCUUGACCUCUUCCGUUCCCGCCUGCACAAGCGGCAGCCUGACUCCACCCCCCUUGCACACCGGAACAGGGUUCACCCAAGUGUGUUUGCCUAUUCCUUGAGAGUGCAGGCUUUUGGAGAGCAAGGGGAGAAAGACAAGGAGCCUCGUGAGCAGUUCUUCUGCAAGCUCACUCUUGCGCCGUUUGUUUGUGCCGAGGCUAUGGUUAUCGAGUGGAUGGCUGAGCCUCGUGUGGGCGUGCUCAUGGACCUGGGGAGGAUCAGAUCCCGCCUGCCAGCUGUUUUGACCACUGGAGAUCCCCUUCCUGCUUGGACUCCACCUGCUGCUGCUGCUGCUGCAGUGUGGCCCAGCUGCUGGCGCUGCAGCAGCUGCUGGGCUGCCUACCGUCGUGCUCUCAGCUUCGUUACUUUCCUCGUGCUUGUAGCGAGACGGCCCCGGAUCGACACGUUAUGGAAAGCUCAUGACGAUGCAUACAAUGAGGUGUACCCAGCGUUAGUGGCCCAGCUGGGGGCGGGCAGGCAGGAGAAUCCGGACUGCGGGCUGGAGAAGGCGCAUGGAGAGGGAAAAGGUGGAGACGGGGGGGAGGCUGCUAGGGAGGUGCAAGGGGAGGGGAAGGGGAGGUGGGAGGGUGUGGGAGAAUGCACACACAGAGGGAGUUUUGGGGGGAUGGACCAGAUGGCUGGUGGGGGAAAACGAGGAGAGAGAAGGUUUUUAAGGGGGCUGGUGGGUGUGUCACAUGGGGAUGAUGAUGGAAGGCAUGCAGGGGAGGAGGCAGCGAAAACGGAAGAGGUCAAAGGGGUUGCUAGCAGAAAUGGGGUUGAGGAGGCAGUUAUUGAGGAGGCCAGGGAGAGGCUGAGACAGCAGGGCCUACAGAACGGAUUGGCAGCAGGGGUGAACGAGGGAGGGGCAACAGGAGAAGGACUUAAAGCAGCAGCAGCGGCGGCUCCAGCAGCAGCGGCUCCAGCAGCAGGACAGUCAGUGAGAGCUGGCUGUUCUCUUGGCAGCAGCGAUUCCGAUGGGAUUCGUGGCUUGGUUAGCUGCUACAGCGGUUGUACCGGUAGCAGUGGGACAUUCAGCUCUAAUCUCAUGCCUGUCAACGCAGACCAUGUUAUCGGGCUGCUCACCUAUCGGGUUGCUCGCAUAUUGCAGUGGCUUCGGAUCUACGGCUCAGAUUCCAUCUCUGCCAAGAGCUGCUUCAAGGACAGCCCACGAGGAAAGGUCCUGCCCAUGCGCCUCCCGCUUCGGGAUCUUCCGAGCCUGCUGGUCAGGUUCGGCGCUGUUCUCCCGCCACUGGAUGGAGGCAGCCGACUUGCGGAGUGGGAGGAGUGGCCUGAGGGGGAUGGAGCUGCUGUGAAGUUUCCUGUCGACGCCAGUGCCAGAUGUUUCGGGCUGGGCCGGAGGAAUAGCAGUCUGGGUCGCAAGAACAGAGGUCAUGUGGCAACGCAGCAGCAGGGGAAGUCUUCGACGAAAGCUCCCACUGAAGAAGCGCCUGCAUUUCCGAGCGAGUGCUAUCCCAUCGUGCGCUGCAAGGCAGAUGUUGAUUACUUAGUUGAGAUCCUCGGUGUGUUUCUGAAGGCACCUGCGUGUGCCCAGUGCAGCACAUGCAUCAGCAGGUUCGUCUCCCUCGUCCCCGUUGUCGCUUUCAUCGCCAACUUCGCCUACCUCCCUGCUGCCGCUCUUCUCGACUGCGUCCUCUCUGUCUUCCCGCCGCACACUGAGGAGUUCCGCCGCCUUCUCAAACGCAUGGGGCUGGACGUUCCGCCCACCCCCGUAUCUGUCUCGCUGAGCAGCCUUUCUGCCACGCGCAGCAGGCUGCUUGAGUUGAUGGAAGACGUAAAUUUCUUCCGCAUCUCCUUCCUGCUCCACACAGCGCUUUUUUGCUCCACGUCUCUCCUGGAGCAGAUCAGGCCUGAGGGGCAGCAGAGUUUGCUCGUUGGAGGAGAGUGCAGGGUUGUGUGGGAGGAGGUACAGUCGUGGCUCAUGGCAGUAAUGCUUCCGGUUGAUGGUGUUGGAGCGAGGGGGGCGGCCUGCAGUGGCAGCCAGUCAAGGAAGGAGGAUUUGAGUGCACGUAUGAAAGAGGUAACUGAGAUGUAUCUUAGUGUUCAUAGCAGCGGCAGCAGCAGCAGUGGCGGCAGCAGCAGCAGCGGCAGCAGCAGCAGCAUCUUUAGCAAGCAGACAAGCAAGGAGGGGAAUGAGCCAGAUUACCUGAAGGCAUGGCCGGGGGGAGUCAAUCUGUUCGCAUGUCUGCGAGAGAUGCUGCUGGGGGAACCAUGCUACCGCCCUGCCGCUUCUGCUGCGUAUUCCAUCCCUUCUGCAGCGAGCAAGCAUACUGCUGCUGUUGCUCCAGACGUGCAAGGCCGUGUGUGCGGUGCUGCGGGGUGUGGGACGGUGGAGGGUGGUGGUGUGAAGCUGAGAAUCUGUGGUGCGUGUGGCAAGGUGGCAUAUUGCAGCAGAGAGUGUCAAAAGGCGCACUGGCCCUCCCACAAGCUCACAUGCCCAGGCAGGACCAGCGGCAAGAGGAGUGGGAAGAACAGUAGCAAGGUGAGUGGCAAUGCGAGUGGCAGGAGGGAGGUGACUUUUGGGUCAACUCUAAAGCUGUGA